AUGGGGCUAGUCAUACCAUCAAAGGAAAAAAAGAAUAUUCUUAUAGCAGUUGAUUAUGUGUCGAAGUGGGUGGAAGCAAUUCCACUCCCUACCAAUGAUGCUAAUGUGGUUGAAAAAGAACAUUUCACGCGUUUUGGGACCCCAAGGGCCAUUAUAAGUGAUGAAGGUACACACUUAAAAAACAAACUCUUGAACAAUUUGUUGGCAAAAUAUAGAGUAAGGCACAAGGUGGUUACUGGAUAUCAACCUCAAACUAGUGUCAGGACUUCUUACGAAACCCCUAUUUUAACCUCUCCAAUUAGGCUGGUUUUUGGUAAGGCAUGUCAUCUACCUUUUGAGCUUGCGAAUAAGGCGUAUUGGGAAAUCAAGAAGCUCAAUUUGUAUAUGGACGCAACCGGUGAAAAGAGGAUGUUGCAAUCAUAUGAUCUUGAUGAGUUCCACUUUAAUGCAUACGAGAAUGCAAAAUUAUACAAGGAGAGGACCAAUAGAUGGCAUGACAAACACAUUCAACAUUAUGGUUUUGAGCUUGGGCAAUUGGUGUUGUUAUACAAUUCAAGGCUCAGGUUAUUUUGA